AUGUGGUGUAGUCGUGCCAUUGGAUAUAACCCAUCUUAUCCAUUAAGAUGCUGGGUGCUUCUGUCUGAUUGGUCAGCUCUUGAUCCAAUCCGUUUCUGCAUCUUUCCACUUGCUUCUCAUCCACUCCUGAAGCUUCUCCUCUCUCUCAGUGCUGGGUGUCUCUCCCUGAUAGCAUCAGAUCUUAUUGGAGCUUAUCCACGUCCUCUCUCCUCCAUAGCAGCUGGUGUCGUUGCCCAAUUGGUUUAG